GCGCAGAGGGAAAGGAGGCGGAGGAGGAGGAGUACAGGAGGAGGGCAGCGUUUUUGUGUGGUUUACAGUUAAAAUAAAACCUUCCAGCUUCAGUGCUCGAGCGCGCAUUACAACGGAGAAAGCACACGGACUGGUUUCUGCUCAUUUUCACGGCUGUAACCAGGUUUUUCCCCGCAAAACUGCAACGGGAACCUCGGCACCGACCGGAUCGCACCUGCUACGGAGCAUGAACAACAAAGCCUGAUCCAGCACUGCGCUGUGGGGCAGAAAAGCGAACCAGGCUUUCUUUGAAACAUCGAGGAAAUCAGGCGAAUAUCUCUUUUAUCAGUCAGUGCUUUGCUGGUCUGUAAAAGGCGGUUUGUGUGCACGGAAUCAGCCGUUGGACCUCCAUAUUUGCAGGCCGAACCUUGCCCUGCAGGUUUUAAUUAUAGCAACACUUUGCAUGCUCGUUUUAUACUGUAGCUCGAAUAUCCAAAAGUAGGCAAUUCUUUAAGGCUGAAGAGGGAGAAUACCAGGCCUCCAGUGAGGUUUUAAUAAUUUAAUAACCCCCUCCUGGUCGGACCAGUUUGGUGGUCGACGUCAGCAGUCCUGUGUGUUCAAUGUUCCCUUAAAAACAGGAGAAAGAUGUGGGUCAGCCCCGAAGAUGUGUUACUGGCAGGUGCGUUAUGGAUCACGGAGAGAGCGAAUCCAUAUUUCAUCCUCCAGAAACGGAAGGGCCACGGGGACGGAGGCGGAGGAUUAGCGGGUCUGUUGGUGGGAACUCUGGAUGUGGUCCUGGAUUCCAGUGCUCGUGUGGCGCCUUAUAGGAUCCUGUACCAGACCCCAGACUCGUUAGUGUACUGGACCAUCGCUCAUGGAACCUCCCGAAAAGAGAUCACUGAGCACUGGGAGUGGCUGGAGCACAACCUGCUACAGACGCUCUCCAUCUUUGAGAAUGAGAAUGAUAUCACAACCUUCGUCAAAGGAAAAGUCCAGGGCAUCAUCGCCGAGUACAACAAGAACCACGAUGUCAAAGAAGACGACGACACAGACAAGUUCAAGGAGGCCAGUGCCAAGUUUCGUAAGCUGUUUGGGAUGCCCGAGGAGGAGAAGCUGGUCAACUAUUACUCCUGCAGCUACUGGAAGGGCAAAGUACCACGGCAGGGCUGGCUCUACCUCAGCAUCAACCACCUCUGCUUCUACUCCUACUUACUAGGAAAAGAAGCCAAACUGGUGGUGCGCUGGGCCGACAUCACCCAGCUGGAGAAGAGUGCCACCCUCCUGUUGCCCGACGUGAUCAAGGUGAGCACCCGUGUCAACGAGCACGUCUUUUCCGUCUUCCUCAACAUCAAUGAGACUUUCAAGCUGGCUGAGCAGCUCGCAAACAUCGCCAUGCGUCAGCUACUAGACAACAAAGGCUUCGAGCAGGACCGCUCGCUGCCCAAGCUGAAGAAGAAGUCUCCAAAGAAGGUGUCAGCACUCAAGAGGGACCUGGAUGCAAGAGCUAAGAGUGAGCGUUACCGAGCACUCUUUCGCCUGCCUAAAGAUGAAAAACUGGAUGGGCACACGGACUGCACCCUGUGGACCCCCUUUAACAAGAUGCACAUCCUGGGUCAGAUGUUUGUUUCCACCAAUUACAUCUGCUUCACCAGCAAGGAAGAGACGCUAUGCAGCCUUAUCAUCCCGCUACGCGAGGUAACCAUAGUAGAGAAGGCCGACAGCUCCAGUGUGCUGCCUAGCCCCCUCUCCAUCAGCACAAAAAACCGCAUGACUUUCCUGUUUGCCAACCUGAAAGACCGUGACUUUCUGGUCCAGAGGAUUUCAGACUUCCUACAGCAGACCAGCUCCAAGAUGUACUUGGAGAGGGAACUGACAGGCAGCCUGAACAGCUCAGAUGAUGAGGUUUACUCACAGCAAGGGUCCCUGCUCUCCAGCAGCCCACAGCACAGUGUGGGCUCGGACAGUGAACGCACAUUUAACCUGAACGACAGCAGCGUUCCCACCGCCACGCAGGCUCUCAUGACCAUGUACCGCCGCCGCUCGCCAGAGGAGUUCAAUCCAAAGCUGGCGAAGGAGUUCUUAAAGGAGCAGGCGUGGAAGAACCACUUUGCAGAGUAUGGACAGGGGGUGUGUAUGUACCGCACUGAGAAAACGAAGGAGCUUGUCCUCAAGGGGAUCCCUGAGAGCAUGAGAGGAGAGCUGUGGCUGCUCUUCUCUGGGGCGAUCAACGAGAUGGCCACCCACCCAGGAUACUAUGAAGACCUGGUGGAAAAGUCAAUGGGCAAGUACAACCUGGCCACAGAGGAGAUUGAGCGUGACCUGCAUCGCUCUCUCCCAGAGCACCCGGCCUUUCAGAAUGAGAUGGGAAUCGCUGCCCUGCGCAGGGUCCUAACAGCAUACGCCUUCAGAAACCCAAACAUUGGAUACUGUCAGGCUAUGAAUAUUGUGACAUCAGUGCUGCUGCUCUACGCCAAAGAGGAGGAGGCUUUUUGGCUGCUGGUGGCGCUCUGUGAGAGGAUGCUGCCCGACUACUACAACACCAGGGUUGUAGGAGCACUGGUGGAUCAGGGUGUGUUUGAGGAGCUGGCCCGUGAGUACGUCCCUCAGCUGUAUGACUGCAUGCAGGACCUGGGCGUCAUCUCCACCAUCUCGCUCUCCUGGUUCCUCACCCUCUUCCUCUCUGUCAUGCCAUUUGAGAGCGCAGUGGUGGUGGUGGACUGCUUCUUCUACGAUGGCAUCAAAGUCAUUUUUCAGCUGGCACUCUCCGUGCUGCAUGCAAACAUCCAUCAGCUGCUAGGCUGCAAGGAUGAUGGAGAGGCCAUGACUGUACUGGGCAGAUACCUGGACAGUGUGACUAAUAAGGACAGCACGCUCCCUCCCAUCCCCCACCUGCACUCCCUACUGACAGACAACGGAGAACCACAUCCAGAGGUGGACAUUUUCAAACUGUUCCAGAGCUCCUAUGAGAAAUUUGGAUCAAUCCGUGCAGAUGUGAUUGAACAGAUGCGCUUUAAGCAGAGACUGAGGGUCAUCCAAACCAUUGAAGAUACAACAAAACGCAAUGUGGUCCGGGCCAUUGUAACAGAGACUGCCUUCAGUAUCGAUGAGUUGGAGGAACUCUAUGUUCUCUUCAAGGCAGAGCACCUGACCAGCUGUUACUGGGGCGGCAGCAGUAACCCCACAGAGCGUCACGACCCCAGCCUGCCGUACCUGGAGCAGUACCGCAUUGACGUGGAGCAGUUCAAAGGCCUCUUCAACCUGCUGUUCCCCUGGGCCAACGGCGCCCACUCUGACCCGCUUGCCCUGCGCUUCUUCCGUUUGCUUGACCAAAAUGGAGACACCCUCAUCAACUUUAGGGAGUUCAUCAAUGGCCUGGGUGUUCUGUGUCAUGGGGAUCUCACAGAGAAACUGAAGCUCCUUUACAAGAUGCAUGUGUUGCCUGAAAUCAACCAUGAACAGGAGGAGCCAGAUUCUGCUUUUGAGGCCACACAGUACUUUUUUGAAGACAUCACUCCAGAGACAUCCAUCGGAAAUGAUUUAAAGUGCAGAAGUGAGAGAGACGAUGGCUUUGUCAGGGUCACAUUUAAGACUGAAAAAGUGAAGAAACUUAACACUCCUGAAUAUCGGCAUUACCUGAAACUGUGGAACCAGGAGACGAAACCGAAGCUAGAAAACAUGAAAGACCUCCCCAAGCUCAAUCAGAGCCAAUUCAUUGAGCUCUGUAAGACCCUGUACAGCAUGUUUAGUGAGGAUGUAGCUGAACAGGAGCUGUAUCACGCCACGGCCACCGUCACCAGUCUGCUCCUGGAGAUGGGGGAGGUGGGGAAGCUCUUCUCCUCCUCAUGUGCCAGAAGGGAUCACAACAUGGAGAAACCAGAGUCCAGCAUGUUUGGGCAAGACCCCACAGAUCCCAAAACCACCCAGGGGGAGCCUACAUCUGAUACCUUCAUUCCCACCAGUUUGGAGAACAAGUCAAGCCUGUGUGAGGAGGAAAAAGGGGACGACCAGCUGCCACCUAUGCAAGACAUCAAGCUGGAGGACUCGUCCCCCAAAGACAUGGGGACAUCCUCCGCCAUGCUUAUCUCUGAUGAUGAAACCAAAGAUGACACCUCGAUGUCAUCUUACUCGGUGCUCAGUGCGGGCUCCCAUGAGCUGGAUGAGAAGCUGCAGUGUGAGGACAUCGCAGAUGACACGGUGCUGGUGCGCAGCGAGGACGCUCAAAAUGUUGGGACAAGCGGCCGACCUCAUGGCGGUGAAGCUCAGGACAGGGGUCUCCCUCACAGCACUAGCAUCGAUAAAGACUGGGCCAUCACCUUCGAGCAGUUCUUGGCCUCUGUGCUCACCGAGCAGGCCCUGGUGCAUUAUUUUGAAAAGCCAGUCGACGUGGCAGGUCGUAUAACCAACGCUAAGAAUGUGCGCAAAGUUGGCCGCCCUCUGCUAUCAACAAGUGACUAUGAUAUCUCCCUAUCCGGCUGAGACGUUUUUAAAGAUUACACAGAGACUUAAACUGUUUUAAAGGGAUAUGUUAUUAUCAAGUUGUUGAUGCAAAAACGUCCGUGAGUUUUAGAGGAGAAUGACGGUAAAUAUAAAUGUAUGAUAGUUGAAUGAAUGUGACCAAAAACUGCUCUUAGCGAUGUAUUUUAUCAGAUGUGAAAGACUUUUAUUAUAACAAUCAUUAGAUUCUGUCCAGCUCAGAGGGAACAGGAUGUUCUUCAGAAUAAUGUUUGCCCCAAUGAAUUCAGUGUCAACAUGUAGUAGCUGUACUUUAUAAAACAUUAUGCAUAUAGGUGGUAAUAUUGUAAUCUCUAGUUCUCUUAGGAUAUAUCGAUGUAAAUGUCCACAGAUGCAGAACAGUUUCAAACUGAAAUAUUGAUUGUCUAUGUAAAGUCACCAAACAUUAUAUCUGGUCAGAUCAGUGUUUUCUUAUUCCACCAGUCCAUUCUGCUUAUAAUCACUGACAUUUUUUAGUUUGUCUUCAUGCUACAAUAAAAAAAAACAAAAAGCCAUGAAAAUUCUCUUAAACUGAGUUUUCAUGUGACAGUGUACAACAAUCCUCUUUUUCGCACACUCAACUUUGACUUUCUUUAAAUACACUUGCCAAAAUGUUCCUAAGAUGUUUCUUUUCCUCCAUACCUACUCAUACUUGUAAAAACUUUAUACAGUUAAAGAUAAGGAAAAGUUACUUCACCUAAUUUCACAUCAAAAGAAAUCUGUGAUGGUCAAGGAGUUCACAGGAUGUGACGUAUGCUCAGAUAGAAAAGCUACACUAAAAAGUACUGUUUAUAGAGAAGCUGCACUUUAUGUUUACAACAUGUGAUUCACUAACAUGUGUUUUCUUGCCAUCUACAUAGCUGUUGUUGUCUGCACUCCAAACUUUAAUGUCCGCCUUUUUUUUUUUUUUUUUACAUGUUUUUUAUCUUUUUGCUAUGUACAUUUUUACACAGCUGUUUUCAAUGUGAAUACUUUUAUUUUGAAAAGUCCAGUUGUUACUCUGGGAUCUGAUGCAUUGUGUGUAUCACUCCAUCUAAUUAAAGUAAUAGUAUGAUUGAAUCAA